AUGAUGUGGUGUUUGGACUCAACAGAUGACAUUCAUCACAUCACCGAAGAUCUGAUCCCAAGAGUGAGAGAUUACGAGACAAUGUCAGCGACUGAGACGACGGUCACCGCCGGUGCGGAGGAAGAGGAAGGGGUGUCGGCGGCCACUAAUGGGCUAACGCUGACCAUUAAGUGGAGUUCUCAAGAGUAUGCCAUCGAUUCCGUGACCACCGAUGACACCGUUCGGGACCUAAAAGAGGCCAUCUAUAGGAAGACAGGCGUCAAACCCGAGCGUCAGAAACUCAUGGGUCUGAAGGCCAACGGAAAGCCGGUGACCGACGCGACAGAGUUGUCGAAAGUGUCAGAAACUCAUGGUGUUGACACGUCUUUGUCUCUCACAGGAAAGCCGGUGACCGACGCGACAGAGUUGUCGAAAGUGGACAUCAGAGCCAAUAUGAAGAUAAUGAUGAUUGGGAGCAAAGAGGCGGACAUCGCUGGCGUGGAUCUGUCGCCGGCAGACAUACCGCAAGUGGUGAACGACUUCGAUAUCGCCGAUGAGGUGGAGAUGUCUAACAUUCCGAUUCAGAAUCGCGAAGAGUUUUUGGCGAAAGUUGACAAACGGGUCAAAGACUAUAAGGUGAAGAUGUUGUCUGAGCCCCGGCCCGGCAAGAAGUUACUGGUGCUCGACAUUGAUUACACACUCUUCGACCACAGAUCAAUAGCUGAAUGCGCGGCACAACUGAUGCGCCCGUAUUUGCACGAGUUCUUGACCACCGCUUACGAGGACUACGAUAUUGUUAUUUGGUCGGCGACGGGAAUGAAAUGGAUUGAAGUGAAAAUGCGUGAACUCGGAGUCGAGCGCAACACCAACUAUAAGAUACUCUUCUAUUUGGACUCAUCGGCGAUGAUUAGUGUCCACACACAGCGAUACGGAUUGGUUGAUGUGAAGCCAUUGGGUGUGAUUUGGGGUAAAUUCAAAGAGUAUUCGGCAAAGAAUACGAUUAUGUUUGACGACAUCCGCAAGAAUUUCCUAAUGAAUCCGCAGAACGGACUCCGCAUUCGGGCCUUCCGUGAGGCCCAUAAGAACCGCGAUUCCGACCGAGAGUUGUAUUAUUUGGCCAAAUAUUUGAAGAGAAUCUCCAUUUUGGAGGACUUCUCGUCACUUAAUCACAGACAUUGGCAGCGAAUGAUUUUGGGCGACGAUCUCUAGCCCUGUGUCUGUGCGGCCGUCGACUGACCAUCGGAUCC